CUCUGCAGCUCCGGCUCCCUCUGGCCUCCCGGGAACUACAAGUCCCAGGGGGCCUGGCGGCGGGCGGCGGGCGGAAGAGGCGGGGUCGGUGCCGCGAGGCCGGAAGUGGCCGUGGAGGCGGAAGUGGCGCGGCCGCGGAGGGGCCUGGAGCACGGCGGCGGGACCUGGAGCGGGAGCGGCGGCGGCUGGAGGUGGCGGCGGCGCGCUAGAGGCGGCUAUGGCAAAGCAGUACGACUCAGUGGAGUGCCCUUUUUGUGAUGAGGUCUCCAAAUAUGAGAAGCUCGCCAAGAUCGGCCAAGGCACCUUUGGGGAGGUGUUUAAGGCCAAGCACCGCAAGACUGGCAAGAAAGUGGCUCUGAAGAAAGUGCUGAUGGAGAACGAGAAAGAGGGAUUUCCCAUCACAGCCCUAAGGGAAAUCAAGAUUCUCCAGCUUCUAAAACACGAGAAUGUGGUCAACUUGAUUGAGAUCUGUCGAACCAAAGCUUCUCCCUAUAACCGUUGCAAGGGCAGUAUAUACCUGGUGUUUGACUUCUGUGAACAUGAUCUUGCUGGGCUGCUGAGUAAUGUCUUAGUCAAGUUCACACUGUCUGAGAUCAAGAAGGUUAUGCAGAUGCUGCUGAAUGGCCUGUACUAUAUCCACAGGAACAAGAUCCUGCACAGGGACAUGAAGGCAGCUAAUGUACUCAUCACCCGUGAUGGGGUCCUGAAGCUGGCAGACUUUGGGCUGGCCCGGGCCUUCAGCCUGGCCAAGAACAGCCAGCCCAACCGCUAUACCAACCGUGUGGUGACGCUCUGGUACCGGCCCCCGGAGCUGUUGCUCGGGGAGCGGGACUACGGCCCCCCCAUUGACCUGUGGGGUGCUGGGUGCAUCAUGGCGGAGAUGUGGACCCGCAGCCCUAUCAUGCAGGGCAACACUGAGCAGCACCAGCUUGCCCUCAUCAGCCAGCUCUGUGGCUCCAUUACCCCUGAGGUGUGGCCAAACGUGGAUAAGUAUGAGCUGUUUGAGAAGCUGGACCUACCCAAGGGCCAGAAGCGGAAGGUGAAGGACAGGCUUAAGGCCUACGUGCGUGAUCCCUAUGCACUGGACCUCAUUGAUAAAUUGCUAGUGCUGGAUCCUGCGCAGCGCAUCGACAGUGAUGAUGCCCUCAACCAUGACUUCUUCUGGUCCGACCCCAUGCCCUCCGACCUCAAGAGCAUGCUGUCCACCCACCUGACGUCCAUGUUCGAGUACCUGGCGCCGCCACGCCGGAAGGGCAGCCAGAUCACCCAGCAGUCCACCAACCAGAGCCGCAAUCCAGCCACUACCAACCAGACAGAGUUUGAGCGCGUCUUCUGAGGGCCAGCUUGGUUGCUUUCCAUUAUGGCUGUGGUUUUAUUUUGCCUUCUGCUAUGUGAUAUGCAUUGUGGAGAUGACAGGGCAUUGGAGGUUUUGUCUCUAGUCCACGUUUUAAUUUCUACUCUGGGCACGACCUGCUGAGUAGACAGGUGAAGGCUGGCUGAGGGCACUGGGGCUGCUUCACCCCUUCUCUAACUUUCUGGAUGGCACUCAGAGGGUCUUCAUUUCACUUAGAACAGGACAAAGGGCGGGAGGAAAGACUCACUCCACCAGUGACUUUCUAAGAGUUCCCAGCAGGAUGGCAGGAGCGGCUAAUUCCUUCACCCAUCUUGACCCUCCUCGUGGGGUGAGAAACUCCUACGGGGAACUAGAGUCAGCCUCCGGAAUGGGCUGCUCUUGGCCUGACCCUCAGAAGCACUGGGGUUGGCAAAAACUCUUGGUUUCUUCAGUAGAAGAAUUUUAUUGUGUUUCUUUUUUUCAGCUGUUUGGAGACAUUCCUAGACACAGUUUGGUCAGUUACGAUUAAAAAUUGACUUUUUUUUUCCCCCAGAAAGUGGCUGUGUCCUCUGUGUUCUGCAUUCAGAUCCCCAGCUCUUACCCUGCAGCCAACAGGUUGGGCCUGAUGGUUGGGAUUUGAUUUGUCAAGUCACUGGAAGUUUUGUUUCUUCUUCCCAAUUCAUGUUUCCUUACCUAGUUGCAGAGGACUUUUAUCUUUUUUUUUUUUUUUUUAAAUUUGGGUGCUUUGCAGAACACUAGCCAUCAUUCCCCCCAAAAAGUAGGUACCAUGAUGCCCCCAUGCAUGUCUCUUCUAAGAAAAGAGAUAAGGCAGAUGAGGAAACAGCUGGAGGAGUCUGCUGUGAGCUGGGUCUGCAGCAGUGACCCAGGUGGGUAUAGUCUACUGUGGCUGACAGACAUGUUACCUGUUUGAACUUGACUCAGACAGGAGGCUGCAGAGGGGUUUUAAUCUGGAAUGACAGUGAUAAGAUCUGUAAUUUACAGAGGUCGCUCAGGCGGCUGGGUGGAGAAGGAGACUGGGAAGUGAGAGAGGAAGUGAUGGAAGGAGUUCAAGGAUCUGCAGUAUUUGGGGCAGUGGCGGUAGCUUGGAUCAGGGUGGUGUGAGCAGAAGGCAAGGUCACAUCGUGAGGGCUCAGCUGGGACCCAUAAAGAAGCAUGGUUUGGUGGGUUCCUUUCCUGUGCACCUGAAGUUGGUAAAAGGUUAUGUUCGGGAGAAGGGCUCUACAGACUGUUAAAGGUGGAAGCUCUAGAAGUGGGGCCAGAGGGAAGGUUGGCAACAUCUUUGACUGAAAUUUCUUAAUUUGAAAAUUGGCGCAGAUCACAGCUUCACAAAAGAUAAGUGAAACUUUACAAAAAAAAAAUUCUUAAGUAGUGUAUUACUUUCUUAGACCACUGUAACAAGUUACCCUAAACUGGGUGGCUUAAAACACCAGAAAUGUAUUUUCUUACAGUUGCAGAAACUAGGACUCUAAAAUCUGUAG